AUGUCCAUUCCUGACUCUGAAAUCCAAUGCUUCUCACACCGUGCCGCAAAUGACAUCUAUGAUCGCGUCAGUGAUGCGAUGAUGAAGCUCGGCAAAGAUGGCUUAGGAGAAGCUGACUUCAGUAUCGAUUGGUGCACAACCAUGCAAGACAACUAUAGCGGAACGAAUUGGUCAUAUGUGAAUACGAAGGAUGGUCGACCGUUUAAGACCAACAUCAUCAGCCAGAUUGCGACCUCCACAUGUGGCACUAGGCAUUCAGCCAAAGGCACGCACUUUACCAAAAAGGCAUACAUCUGGGAGAACCAGCUGACGUCUCUCGAAGAUUGGGUAACUGAGGAAAAGAAGAGGGUGGCGAGUGAAUCUAAGAUCAAUGGUUGCACCAUCAAGAGCAACAAUGACCUGCAGUAUGCAGACCUCAUCAUCCUCACAUCACAGCGCAUCUAUGAGGGAGCUCUUUAUGAUCCGAGAAUCCUCCCCGACUACCGUGGAUCGUACUUCAAACUAUGUCAGAAUAAGCUUAAACAGCUAAACAUCUUCGACACCCCAGAUAACAACUGCAAGUUGGUGCCCAUGCAUGAGAUGUACGCGAAAUUAAGACCAGGGACGCUUAUUCUCACUGUCUGCAAGGCGCACAUAUAUAACAUUGUGCAGAAUGGGCUACCAACGAGCACAUUCCAACUGGCAGUACAAGCGAUCAAGAUCCUUGAUCCAUCUGACAAGCCUGUCAAAGAACGAAUUUAUCCCAAUUCUCUCCCCAACUUCGACAGACAUGUCGAAGGAUAA